AUUACACAAAGUUAAACAGUGGACCCCUGGACCACGUUUUCACAGUCCAUGAUCCGUCUCAGUAUAAUUUGGAGUUCGUUUCUGAGGAACAGCUUCAACACAUAGCAGGGGAGAAAAAACGCCUGAACGGCAUCGUGGUGGAUUAUUUGGGAUAUUAGCCGUGGAAAAGGCUGUCCGCUUUCCUGGUCAUGUCCAGAAAUGGGACCGCCAGGGAGGGAUGUGGCCCCUCCAACAGCUCCUCCAAUCAAACGCCCCUGUCUGUCAGAGACACCGUGAUCUCCAUGAGCGUGGGCAUGCUGUCCAACAUGCUGGCGCUGCUCAUCCUGGCCAAGGCCUACCGCCGUUUCCGCCUCAAGACCAGGGCCUCCUUCCUGCUCUUCGCCAGCAGCCUGGUGACGACGAACUUCCUGGGGCACUUCAUCAACGGCUCCCUGGCCGCGUACGUCUACAGCGUGGACAUGAACUGGGCGGCCCUGGUCCACCGCCACGUCCUCUGCGACUUCUUCGGGGCCUCCAUGGUCUUCUUCGGCCUCAGCCCCCUGCUCCUGGGCAGCGCCAUGGCGGCCGAGCGCUGCUUCGGCGUCACCCGGCCCCUCUUCCACUCGGCCGGCCUCACCUCCCGCCACGCCAAGAAGCUGGUGGGCCUGGCGUGGCUCCUCGCCGCCUCGAUCGCCCUGCUGCCCAUCCUCUCCGGCCGGUCCUACGAAGUGCAGCGCUCGCAGAGCUGGUGCUUCUUCCGCCAGGAGGGGGCGCGGCAGUGGCUGGACGUCUUCCUCCCGCUCCUGUUCACCGGCGUGGGCCUGCUCUCGCUCGCCGUCUCCAUCCUGUGCAACGCGGUGACCGGCGUCACGCUGCUGCGCUCCAAGCUCCACAGCAGGAGGAGCUGCAAGCGCACCUCCCAGCACCUGGAGAUGAUCUGCCAGGUCCUGGCCAUAAUGCUGGUGUCCUGCGUCUGCUGGGCCCCCCUCCUGGUCACUGUCACCAUCCAGACCAUUCAGAGCCAGGGCCAGGUCCAUUGGUGCUACAGCAGGAUGCUGCUGGUGGUGCGCAUGGCUGCCUGUAACCAGAUUCUGGACCCCUGGGUCUACAUUCUUCUGAGGAGGGCGGUCAUGAAGAAGCUCUUCCUGGUGACCCACGGGUGCUGCAGAAUGGGGCCCCUCAACAAGUGGAACCCUAGCAACCUGAAGGGCACCAUGCGCGCCGGCAACUUUCCCCGCGGCGGGGCCUACUGUACGCGCCUGGAGGCGGGGUCCCUGCCUAUGACCGCUAUCAAGCCCGUGACCGGCCCCUGAGCUCAGGCAGAGCAAAAUCCAGCCCCAGGCUUGCCUGCAGAACAAGCGAAGGCCUGUUUCAGGAAACUCCAGGCUUUAUACAGAGAGGGGCCAAGAGGAAGAGCUGGAGACCCAUGGAGGAUUUGAUACCCAUUUACGCUCAUUCUACACUGUGAUGCUUAUCCAAUGGAAUGUGAGAGUUUCCAUGGGAAUGCUGCCGGUAGGCUGGGCAGGGGAUGCCAUGCUGACUCUAACUCUUCCUCCCUGGACAAGGCUGUUCAUCAUCCCUCUUCUGGCCACAGGUGGCACUGGCACAGUCGGGAUGCCCCUCCAGACUAUGGGGCGCAUUAAUGAUUUGGUGUAGCACAUCUGCUCUCUUUCAGUCGGCACUCAAUGACAAGUAGGGAUCUGAAUUGGUUUGUCACUGGUCUUCGCGGUGAGGCUCAUAAUUUCUUUUUAACUGACAGUAAGAGGGCCACAUGUGCCAACUCUUGUCAUUUUCAGUGUAAAUGUUGUAAAUGUUGUAGCUUGUGACAUAAAUAUUUCACUGUAAAUGUCAAUUAUAAAUGAGUGUGGCUGAGCUGUGAACUCAUAUUAAAACAUUUUUGUACAGGCCUAUUCUUAAAUAAGGAACAUAAUCUUCUCAUUUAACACUACCGAAAGCCAAGUUACUUUCCACCUCACGACAAAGAACUGUGUUGUCCGCGUCCCUACUACUGCAGGUUUGAAUGUGUUGUUUUUGUCAGUAUUGUAAAUUGUUACGUUUAUUCAACAUCUGAACUGUGUGACAGAUAAUGCUCAUGUACACCCUGAGUAUAGAUUCAUGUGAAA